AUGACAACCAGAAUUGUUGAAUCUCCGGAAAGUGACAUUUACUCAUUAGGAUUAGUAAUGUUGGAAGUUUUAUCUAGAAAACGAGUAAGAAAUUUAGAAAAUCAUUCGAAUGUAGUUCAAUGCUUGAACGAACUUGAAAUUGAAAAUGAAACCAUCAAAAGAGUUCUUCCUUUAAUGCUCGAAGAGGAAGUUGAUAAGAGACCAUCAGCAAUAGAAUUACUCGAAGAUGAAUCCAAAAUAGAAAUUGAUAAGGAAGUUGUUGAUUUUUACAAAAUUCCAAACAGAUACGACAGAUUAUUUCCAUACACAAUUCAAGGGCGUAUUGUUCAGGCACGGGUAGUUUUAAAAAUAAAUUCAUUGUAA